GCAAUACAAGGUUACUUGUGAGAGGCUUUGACACCAUUAUAAUUAUAUAUCCAAACCCUGUCACACCUUCUUCCUUAUUAUUCACCUUUUGUUAAGCCAUUCCUUCAAGCUAUGGCUUCUGAAGAAGAACCAUCUGGUGGCAAAUACCUGUUGCUGAAGCCAGAAGAGGCGAGUCUUGUGGAUCUAGUGCGUCUCCUAUUUUCUUCAAACUUGAACAACAGAAAAUUCAUUGAGUGCCCUAUAGAGCUUAAGGCAGAAAAUUUUCGCCAAAGAUGGCUUCUCUUUAUCUCUGUUGUGGUGCAGAAGAUCCUGGUUUCCUCAGGAAGCACGUUGAAAAAGAUAGGGGACAUGUUUGAGUUGUGGCUCAAUCGUGUAUCAAGUAAUGGAGGGUUGGUGAGGCUCUUGCUCAACAUCAUAAGAGGAAAGAUGAUAACACCGGAACCAUCAUCAGCAACAUUCUUGUCCGUGGUGGGCAACCUUGACUCGCGAGUUGAAUUAGACAAGAGCAUUAAACAAGUGGAUCUCAAGUACAAAGGGAUGCUGUCUAUGAUGGCUUCCAAACUUUCGUAUGAGAAUGAACAAUUCAUUAAAAGCGCAGUCACAAAUCAUUGGGAGAUGGAUUUCUUAGGGCUAUACAGCUUCUGGAACGAUUACCAAGAGCUUUGGUCCACACGAGCCAUGAUAGUGCAAGAUACCAAGUCUGAACCCAACUUGAUCGUGGUUGGAUUCAGGGGUACAGAGCCAUUUGAUGCGGACCAAUGGAGAACAGAUUUGGACAUCUCAUGGUAUGAACUACCCGAUGUAGGUAAGGUCCAUGGUGGGUUCAUGAGAGCUUUAGGUGUGCAGAACAACAAUGGAUGGCCCAAAGAGAUAGUGCAAACCGAGCAUCGUUAUGCUUACUACACAAUCAGAGAGAAGCUGAGAGCAUUGUUGGAGGCAAACGAGGAUGCAAAGUUCAUAUUAACAGGGCAUAGUUUGGGAGGAGCAUUGGCCAUUCUGUUUGCUGCUGUGCUCACAUUUCAUGAUGAAGCAUGGUUGUUGGACAGGUUAGAAGGGGUUUAUACAUUUGGGCAACCAAGAGUAGGUGACCACAAGUUUGGGGAGUACAUGAAGGACAAGUUGAGAAAGUAUGAUGUGAGGUACCUGAGGUAUGUUUACUGCAAUGACAUGGUGCCUAGGGUCCCUUAUGAUGACAAAACCCUCUUCUUUAAGCACUUUGGUCCUUGCCUCUAUUUCAACAGCCUAUACCUUGGACAGGUUCGAGAGGAGGAGCCAAACAAGAAUUAUUUCUCUUUGUUCUGGGUCAUACCCAAGAUCCUAAAUGCAGUAUGGGAGCUUGUAAGGGGUUUUCUUAUCCCACUUUUCAGAGGUAUGGACUAUAGACAGAAUUGGUUCAUGGCAAUGUUCAGGCUCCUAGGAUUGAUAAUUCCAGGAUUGCCAGCUCAUUCUCCUUCAGAUUACGUCAAUGUCACUCGAUUGGGAUCCUUACCCGCUCAUCUAGGGCUUCAGAGUCCACUACUAGAUUCCAAAGCUGACUAAUGCCAACCAGCAAAAAUCAGCACUUUUCUUUUCCCUCAUUACCAUUUUCCUUUCUAUAUUUAGAAUGUGUUUGCUUCACUGUGUAACUCAGUUCAAUGACAACACUUCCUUUCACGAUUUUUAUGUUGGAAAGCCAA